AACACCCCCCCCCCCCAAUCAAACCACAUAAAUAGAACAUUCCCCCCUCCCUACCAAUGAAUUAAUUUGACCAAAUUUUGAUAUGUCCAAUUAAAGAAAUUAUGUGUGACUACCUACAACCCAUUUAAUCCUAUUUAGAUUGUGACGGACCUCCAAAUUUAGACACAUUCAAUUUUAUGAUUCACUAAACAAUCAACGGAUUAAAUAACGUUGAAUCCGCCCCAUCGAAUUAUUCCCAGCGAGUAAGCCUGCCCGCAACGUUUCGGCUAAUGAAGCCUUCCUCAGGCGCUGUUUACUCUCCCAAUUUGUGUCCCCCCCCUCAACGUCCAUAAGACAUAUGAAAACGAGUUUGUCAAUUUCAAAAGAAGUGACGACGCUUGUAGAAUUUGUAUACGCCAAUGUUCCAAAUGAUACGUUCCAUCCAACCUCCAGAAUCACAGAUUUUUCCGACCAACCUCCAAAUUAUAAGUAAGGUAAGUGCAUUUAAGGUUAGGGUUAGGAUUUAGGAUUUAGGAUUCGGGAAAGGGAAUCGGGAUACAGGUAAGGCAAAUGAUGGUUGGGGCAAGGGGUCGACCACCUUCCACUAAGGACUCCCUCCUAGUAUGCGCCAAGCACUAUCGACACAACACCGUAUUUCGGUUUGGGGUUAGGGUGAGUUGGAACUGUUGGGAAAAAUUGUGAAAUUCAGUUAUCAUACAUUUGCUCACAGAAGAAGAAAUGCUUUGCUAUGCAGCUUUCUUCGGCAAUUUGACAGGAAAUAGAUCUGCGCUCAAAAGAGGAAGUGGCGCUCUGCAGAAGACCAGAAAGGGCCAGAUUGAUGGAGGGCACCUGGAGGAUGAUUUCAAAAGGAAUUUGGGUCAUUUGCAUGAAGUCGUCUUGUCACAUGACAGCCUUUUGGGGGUGUUGUAAAUGUAAAUAUAAAUAUAAAGAGAAGGAGCCGGGGAGAACGGUUCCAGAGCGUGGUGGAGAACUGGGGGGCGCAGUUCCAUGAAAGCAAACUGGUGAUGUGUUCCUCCUUCCUCAUUUUGAAGGGCUUUAACCUAAUGUCACCCAGAUCGAACCUGACAAUCGCACACGAACGCAUCCAACCAGUCGCGUGGAUCAAAGUUCGCUCAGCGGUCAGUCACCUCCGGCUGGUCAGGAAGGUGCUUUCUCUGCGGCCGCGCUCCUCUUCCGUCACGUCGCCAAGACGCUGUUAAAAAGCUGAUUACCAUGACGACGGAAUACCACGAUGACAUCAACGAGGGCGGAAGCUCCUUCUGGAAUAAAGGACCCGCUUUCAGCCCUCGUUCAGCCGCGUCCAGGCUCACGCGCCGCGCCUUUCCCGUUCUGACCGCGGCAGCCAUCUUGGUUCUGGCAAUUGCACUGGGAGCCAGCUACUCCGGGUUGGCUCGUCGCUUGUGGUCUCUGGAGCAAAGUCUUUCCAACGUGAGCCAAUCGCUGAGCAGCGUCGAGCAGCUCACCGCAGACGCUGCCAGAGAUGCGGAGCGACUCAAGUUUGGGGUGGCGGGCAACAAAGACGAGCUGCGCUCAACUUCUGAGGCCUUGAAGCAGCUUGCCACGCUGGACACCCUCAGCAAGACCGUUGCCUCCCUCAAAUGUUCCGUUGAACACAUCAUCAACAAUGGUUCCACACCGAAAGGCUCCGGCUGCUGUCCGCUGGAGUGGCAGAGCUUCGGCGCCGACUGUUACCGCUUCAGUCAGUCGCUGCUGUCCUGGCACGACGCUCGCGACUGGUGCAACGGGCACGAGUCGCACUUGGCCAUCAUCCUGUCGGACGAGGAGUGGGACUUUGUGCGCCAGAUCGCGCACGGCGCCUUCUUCUGGGUCGGCCUGACCGACGAGAGGACGGGAUCGUGGGAGUGGGUCAACCAGACGCCUUACGUUAUGAACCGGAGGCACUGGCGGCCCGGGCAGCCCGACAGCUGGAUCCACCACGGCCUGGGACCCGGAGACGAAGACUGCGCUCACGUGCACAGCGACGGCCGCCUCAACGACAUUCACUGCUCCAGCAGGAUGCGGUUCCUCUGCCAGAGGCGCGCCUGACCGCGCCAGGAAAAAAAAGCUCUUUUGCGAACGCGCACUUUUUUUUUUUAAUAAAUAAAGUGCAACAAAAACCUUC